GGUGGGUUUUGUCAUUGAUUCCCGUCUACAUUUUAUUCAACAAGAAAUUCCAUUUCUUUGUUAAUUUCAGGGACUAUCUGCGCUAGAAUCUAUCAUUAAGUAUGUUGGCAGGGCUGUACAAUUUUUUUUAAAAGCUGCAGAGCUUAGUUCAUUAACGUUUUGAAGUUAUUAUGGCUUUGGGCCAAAUCGCACGCCCCUUGAAUGUAUGGUCACAUUCAAGCAGCAAAAGGCCACUGCCCUGCAAUUCACGGUAUUGUUUUAGCAUAUCUAAUCUGGAUGCUGGAGGGCAGUUUUUGAGGAAAACCCAUAUCAUGGGUAUUUCUAGAAAGGGUAAAAGAUUGGGCACCAAUAGGACCAAGUGCUUGUCUUCACAAAGGGAACGUAUAGAACCUGUAGAAUCCAAUGGACUUGUUGAGUUGCCACUUUUCCCACUACAAUUAGUGCUUUUCCCUGGUGCAAGUCUAUCUCUGCAGAUAUUUGAAUAUAGGUACAGAAUGAUGAUGCACACUCUCCUUCAAACAGACCUUAGGUUUGGGGUAAUCUACACAGAUCAGGUCUCUGGUGUGGUUGAAGUGGGCUGUGUUGGGGAGGUUGUGAAGCAUGAGAAGCUUUUAGAUGGUCGGUUCUUCUUGAUAUGCAAGGGGCAAGAGAGGUUUAGAGUGAUCAGAUAUGUGAGGACUAAGCCUUAUCUGGUGGCAGAGGUUCAGUGGUUGGAGGAUAAACCCUCUAAUGGACAGGAGGAUUUAGAGAAUCUUGCAAAUGCGGUUGAGGCCCAGAUGAAGGAUGUAAUAAGGUUGUCUAAUAGAUUGACUGGGAAUGCUAAUAAGGAAUCCCCAGAGGAUCUGAGGAACGGCCUCUUUCCCACUCCCUUUUCGUUCUUUAUUGGUAGUAAGUUUGAAGGGAAACCGAGAGAGCAGCAAGCACUCUUAGAGUUGGAGGACACCUCAAUGCGCUUGAAGAGGGAAAAAGAGACUCUGAGGAAGACUCUGAAUUACUUGACUGCAGCUUCUGCUGUAAAAGAUGUUUUUGCAUCCUCUGAUUGAUUAGGUUAGAUGUUGAUCAUUCAAAAGCUAUUAUACCGUAGAUGUUCCAAACUUUCAAUUUGUCGAGAUUAAUGCCAGAAAGUCCCUUCAAUGUUUCUAAAGAAGGCUUUUUUAUUUUAUCCCAAUUUAUUCAUGCAAAGAGUAAAGCAUUGAUGGAGACAACAUUUAUAUUACGUGGUUGGUUACAGAUGCAAUUGUCUAGACUUGCAUGACGAAAAGGUGGAUUUAAUGAUUAAAAGUAAAACGAUUAUGAAGGUUCUAUGGAACUUUUUUACUAUGCAAUUUUGUGACACCCUAUGGAGCGACAUUUUGUGGGGUUUCAUACUACAUAGUGUGGGGAUUGAAAUAUGGGCUUACUUUCGGUAAUUGGAACUAAAACUUGAUGAAAGCAACUUUGCUGUAGCUACUAUGAAUGGGAUAAAAUUGUGAAAUUUGAAGCAGUGUUUGUCUAAAAUUCCAAAUAGCAGGUUUUGGGAAACUUGGGUCUAGAAUCUAUUUCCUUAUCUCCUGUUGACUAUUUUUAGAAGUAAUAUAAAGGUGCAUGCAUCCAUAUGCUUUAGUA